AUGAUAGACUCAAAAUUAGAAAUAUAUGAAAUAGAAAUUAAAUAGAGAAUAAUCAAUAAGUUUUAUUUUAAACAUAUAUAAAAAUGUAUGGAAUUUAUGUAAAGAGAUUACGAUAAGGCUUUUAUAAGUAUGAAUCUUGUUGAUGAAAUUAAUUGGGAAAAUCAUUUAUAAAUUGAUUUAAAUAAUAUUCAUAAAUAUAACAAAGAUCUUUCAGAACAACAAAUAUAAUUAAAAUAAUUAAUUGAAUAAACUAUUGAUGCUGAAUAUGAAUAAAAUAAUUAUAUUUUAAAUUUUUUUGGAUAUAAAUUAACUAAAUAGAAUAUGCCUCAUGUUAUUAUAGUUAUUGUUAUUUCAAUAAUAGGAUAUAGUAUUUACAUAACAUUCAAAGAGUUAAUAAUUGGACCAAUAUUAGAAAAAGAAUAAAGAUUGAAAAAAAGAAAAAAAUUGAA